CCUCUCUAACCUCUGUCGCACCAAUCCCAUGACUGACCCCACCAUCAGGAUCCCACUGCGUUCAAGAGGGGGAAUCAUGAAAUAAAAUAGUCACAUUUGAUUACAUUUAUAUAAAGAAUAAUUAUACUGUGACUGUAGCCUACUAAUUGAAUGCCAAUUGGCUACUUUUGUGAGCACAUAAAUACUAAGUUAAAUUAAAAGACAAUAUAAACAAUUAAUAAACACAAUUGAUAAAAACGAAUUGAGACAGAAAUUACAUAAUUUGGCUUAUUAAACUUUGUCUUUCCUCACAAGCUAUUGACAGUAGACAGCCUUUGACAGCAUCAGUUUGUAUUUGAGUGCGCGAAUUUUUGGAUCUUUAUGGUAUAUACAUUGAAACGGCCAAAGGCGACCUACCUCACAAAGUGUACAUAUACCGAUCCUAAAUAACAAAUAACAUUUAGUUAUAUCCACGUUUAUGGAAAAAAAUAUAUACUCAUAACAUCACACAAGACCCGUUUCGCCUUACCGUAACCAUUCAAACAAAUGCGCUCACAAACUUUAUAGGGCAACAGGUUUACGAUAAGCAGCUGACUUGACGCCAUGGUUGUUGUAAAAUGGACGAAGAGGUUCCCCUGAGCAGCAUUGACAGUCUUCUCUGUCAUUUUGGUCUUCAAAUUCGGCAGCUUUCUCAAAAGAAGAAUGAAUACAACCAACAAAUUGAAGUGUGCAGAGCUCACAUUGCUGAGUGUCGGUCUCGCAUUGAAACCCUCAAUAAAAAUAUCAAAGAACUUGAGGAGAAAAUCGGGGUGAAGCAGAGCUCUGUGAAACAUAAUAAAGAUGUUGCAAAAAGCUUGAAGGUGACUAACAGCCGGCUCCUCCAGUAUGAGAAGAUGCUGAAAACAGAACUUGAGCGAAGAAAAGCCAGCUUCAAUGAUGACAAGGAAGUCUUUGAAGAGAGGAUUGCAGGCUACAGAAAGAUAUUCCAGUCACACAAAGAACAUUAUUGCAAAAACCCUCUGGCUCAAAAGCUGCUUGGGCUGCAGGCUGAAAAUGAGGAGAUAGAGUGUAGGAUCAAAGCUUGUGAUGAUCAAGUUACGAUGAAACAGAAAGAGCUCCACCAUCUCACUGAUCUAGCAGCCACUCCUAAUUCCAGUGAGAAAUUACCGGACAGUGUAUGUGUUGAACUGCCCAUACAAGAGCUACAGGAAAAACCAGAUCCUCAGAUAGAGGACAGUGAUUCUGCCAUUGACAUUGAAUGUCUUCAUCUCAAGCAAACACAGACUAAAGAAUCUGUAGAAGCAAGUGCUGAAGAUAUUCAGGCAGAACACCAGGGCCAGGACACAACCACCUGCAGCCCCGAGCCACAAGAACGAAGCAGAGAGUUGAGGUCACUUGAAGAGCAGACUGAGGAAAAUUUGCCAAAUGCGAUGCACAUCGAUGAGAAGGAAAAGGAAACGCAACUACAGGACAAAGUCUUGGAACAGCAGACUAAUGUGUCGGAGAUGGAAGAGGCAGUGGAGGUUGGAGAUGAAGAUCAACCCUCAAGAGAGAAGGACAACAAGAGACACGCUGAUUUUUCUCAGUCGCCAGCCACUGCACCUUCCACCCCUUCGUUUUCAUUCACUUACAGUCCAACCAGGUCCCCACACACAGCAACAUCCGAGACCAAAUCUCCAGCUCUCCUGUUCUCUGUCAACUCUGACCCGAUCACCCCAUGCUUCUCUGGAUUUGGGUUUGACAUGGGCCCGUCACAGGUUGAGGACACGUCUUUUACUUUCACCAACUCUUUGUUCAAUGAGAAGAACACUACAGAACCAAAGUCUUCACGUACCCCCGAGUUUCUGUUUGGCCAGUCAGAACAAGGAGAAGACUUUCAGUUUGCCUUCAACUUCAUGAGUCCUCAGGCAUCUAGCAAAGAUAAAAAUAAAGACGAUUUUCCAUUUUCAUUCAACUUUUGAGACAUUUGUUUAGUCACACAUUAACCGAAAAUGGUUUCUUCUUAGACCAGUUCUUGAUUCAUCUGUUCUUGGUUUACGUGAAAUUUGCCGCGUGACUUUUUAAUAGGCAUGUUCUGUUUUAGUCUCUUAAAUAGUUCCUUUUUUUUGUAAGAGUGUACAUAUACCUCAGUUUAUUAUAAAGUUAAUCAGUACUUUGCACACAUUUCACAUCAGCCUCACAGUUGG